UCGACGCGAAACAAUCGUCUUACCAGUGCUCAAUCACCUUGUGCCAUACAGCUAAUGUUUUAAUUGUGUUCACUGUUCAUCUGAAUCAUGUCGACACUCAGUCAUCAUCCGUACGCGUUCACCAUGCAUCCCGGUAUGAUCCCGGAGUACGCGAGCGCUCCGCAGCCGCUGCCGGCUUCCUCGCCGCAAUCUGAAGGCCACAUCAAGAGGCCGAUGAACGCCUUCAUGGUGUGGUCGCGGCUGCAGCGCCGGCAGAUUGCUAAGGACAACCCGAAGAUGCACAAUUCUGAGAUAUCGAAGCGUCUCGGUGCAGAGUGGAAGUUACUGUCUGAAAUGCAGAAGAGACCGUUCAUUGACGAAGCGAAGCGACUUCGUGCGUUGCACAUGAAGGAGCACCCCGACUACAAAUACAGGCCGAGGAGGAAGCCAAAACCACCAACAGCCGGAGGCGCGCCAGGUGCCGGAGCGUUCCCGAGCUUCCCGCUGCCAUACUUUGCAGGGCCAGCACCGAAUGUGGGACAUUUAGAAGCUCUGUCGUAUCCUGCAGUUCCUCCAUACUUCCCACAUCAACUGGACCACUUGCAGUUCUCGAAACUAAUGGCUCCGACGGCGGAGAAGAUGCCGACGGCAUCAUCAGCGGCGGCAGUCGUGUCAUCGUUUUAUUCAUCACUUUACACCACGCCAGCACCACCAAAGCAUUUCUCAUCACCGUUGUUUCACCAGUACGGAGUAGCACCGCCUUCUCCCGUCUCUCCCGCUACUCCAAACCAGCACAGUCCACAUGAUGACCAGCUCAGGCGGCCUGUGUCCGUGAUAUAUUGAAGGCCACCGGGUCUUCCAUGAAUUUUCGGAAGCACCAGUGAACAAAGUGAUAGAAGACAUUUAAUAUGAACGAUUAUUUAUUGUUUUUUUAGAUUACGAUUAGUUAAAUGAUAUAGUGUGUCUCGUGUCCGAGGAUGUAUAUAUGUUGAGGAGUAGACAUGUCGAAUGAGGUAACGGCGUAGUUAUAAUGUAACUGUGAUUUUGUUUGUUUAGUUACUCGCAAGAAGGUUCGUCUGUAAGAAGUGAGAUUGGUACCAAAUAGAGAUAACUUCGUAACUUAAGAGACGUCGUUAAGACUGACGCUUUCCGGAUUAAGUUUCACCGCAUUUAACAUUCGUUUGUUAAGUUUUAUUGUUUUCAGACUUCAUGGAGAUGCUUGAUUUAUUUAUUGGGACAUUGUAAAGAUUGUAAAUUAGAUUUGUAUGUGAAUAGAGCGUCACUGUUGUAUAUAUUAGUGUUAUUGUAAACCGAUGUCAGUACCAACGAUGUAUUAUAGAAUUAUUAAGGAGAAUGUUUGUUAACACCAUAUGAAAUAAACUAAAUUG